CCGCCUUUUCCCCCCUCUUGAUUCUCACCUGCCUUUUCUUCUUCGGUGUCUUGGUUUGUUUGGGGAUCGGGCUCUUGUGGAUGCUGUAGCGAGGCACUUUUCUGUAUAAUUAUUGUACUUUUCCUGCGAUAUCUACUACUACUUCUACAUCAUCGCACACGCAAAAUGUCCGGCAUUACCGAUUUACAAGCUCGCUUGAAAGAGCUCUCCACAGCUCUGUCUCAUAUACAUCCCCUGGUUUCUCGGUUAAAGGGCUUCACGACUGCGGUUGGACAGGGAGAUCAGCCUCGUCUGGAACUGGGGACGGAAAUCCACACUCGUCUGAAAGAAGCGGAGGAGCAAUUGGAGUUGCUGAAGGUCGAAGUCGAGGCUCUGGAGGCUGCAGCGGAUACGCGGCGCAAGGGUGUGGAUAAUGAGAAGGAGUCGGAGAGAGAACGGGUCAUCGCCUUGGCUGGACGACUGGCGGAUGAUUUGAAGAGGACGAGAGGAGACUUCCGGAACGCACAAUUACAAGCGAAACGGAACGCUGAAGUUGCCCGACGGAAAGAGCGAGAGUUACUAUUCACGAGAUCUCAAAGUGCGGAGAGGAAGAAGCAGUCGAGUGAGAAAUUGACGCAGGAUGAUAUCGUCAUGAAUGCUUCGAAUGAUGUUACGGCUGCGCUGAGACGGACGCAUCAGCUGAUGCAGGCGGAGCUGUCGCGGAGUCAGUUUGCGCAGGAGACGUUAGAACAAUCGACUGCUGCGCUUUCCUCGCUGUCAGAAUCUUACACAGAUCUCGAUUCUCUGAUUUCGUCGUCGCGCAACCUCAUCGGGUCUUUGCUCCGCUCGCAAAAGUCGGAUACGUGGUACCUUGAGACGGCUUUCUACAUUCUGGUGGGCACCAUUAUUUGGCUUGUCUUCAGGCGGAUAUUAUACGGUCCCUUGUGGUGGCUUGUCUGGCUGCCCAUCAGGCUGUUCGCGAGGUUUACGUUUGCUAUUUUGGGCGUCGUUGGGAUUACUGGUAAGGCUGUUCAGUCUUCUGAACCUAGUACGAUGCUCGAAUAUGUGCCGCAAGAGACUCCAGUAGUUGAGCACAAGGUGGAGCCGAACGUUCAAAGCGCUGAGGGCGAAGCGGUAUGGGAUCAAAUUCCGGUUGCGGAUGAGGCAGAGAAGGACCGCUUAAUCGAUGAGAUCGGCAAAAUGGUGGAAGAAAGCGAGGAGCAGGAGGAGACCAACAUUGACGACAUUUCUGAAGAGGAAAGGCAAAGGCAGGCGGAGUUGCCCCGGAAUCCUAAGAAGAGGAUUCUGGUACUCACUCUCAAAGCCAUGGCUGCGAACUUCUUCAACAACAAGGCCCGCGCUGCGGCGGCAGCAGCGAACCCUUCGAAACCGAAGCCCACAGAUAGCAAGGAAGAACAAGCCAAGCAACAACCAUGGGUUGAGAAAUACCGUCCUAAAACCCUCGAUGAUGUCGCCGCUCAAGAUCACACAACAAAAGUCCUCCAACGAACACUCCAAGCCUCCAACCUCCCCCAUAUGCUCUUCUACGGACCGCCAGGUACCGGAAAAACAUCCACCAUCCUCGCCCUCGCCAAAUCCCUCUUCGGACCCUCCCUCUACCGCUCGCGCAUUCUCGAACUGAACGCCUCCGACGAACGUGGUAUCGGUAUCGUGCGUGAUAAGAUCAAGAACUUUGCCCGUGCGCAACUCACACACUCUACGGGGUUGGGCGAGGAAUACUUGGCGCAAUACCCGUGCCCGCCGUUUAAGAUUAUUAUUCUCGAUGAAGCGGACAGCAUGACGCAGGAUGCGCAGUCUGCGUUGCGUCGUACGAUGGAGCAGUAUAGUCGGAUCACCCGGUUCUGUUUGGUUUGCAACUACGUCACGCGAAUUAUUGAGCCGCUUGCUAGUCGUUGCAGCAAGUUCCGGUUCAAGGCUUUGGAUAAUUCGGCGGCUGGGGAGAGAUUGGAGCAUAUUGCCAAGGUGGAGAAUCUGAGGUUGGAGGAUGGGGUUGUCGAUAAGUUGAUUGCUUGCAGUGAGGGUGAUAUGCGACGGGCGAUUACGUAUAUGCAGAGUGCGGCUAAGCUGGUUGGGGCUGGUCGGGCUGGGAAGAAGGACGAGGAUGAGGAUGAGGAAAUGACGGAUCAGGAGUCGGAGGUUAUUACUAUUCGGACGAUUGAGGAAAUUGCUGGUGUGGUUCCGGAGGGCGUAUUGGAUGCGUUGGUGCAGGCAAUGCAGCCGAAGAAGAUCGGAUCUUCGUAUGAGGCUGUUGCGAAGGUGGUUACAGACAUCAUUGCUGAUGGGUGGAGUGCAACGCAGCUUCUUUUGCAGUUGUAUCGACGGGUGGUCUUCAACGAUGCGAUUCCUGAUAUCCAGAAGAACAAGAUCGUUAUGGCAUUCUCGGAUAUGGAUCGACGUCUGGUUGAUGGUGCAGAUGAGCACCUAUCUAUCUUGGAUAUAGCCCUCAAGAUCUCUGGCAUCCUGGGAGGAGCUUAGAUCAGGUUGGAGAGUCUGAGGUCCCUAGGCUACUCUAUUUCAUAAAUGAGCGCUUUUCCGCUGAGACUCCUCCGGUAGGAUGUGGAAGAGCCGGCGACAAGUCAUGCAUCCUGAUGAUAUGAGAGGAUGCAAAGACCGCGAGGACAUGCGGCGUCCACAGUUGCAGUGAACUGAACUACAGUUGCGGCCGCUACCAGUCCGCGGGAAACAGCAGACGUGCUGCUCCAUUCGAUGUGUUAUUUGGCCGGAGUGGAGUUGGAGAUUACGACUGUAUGAUAUAAUAAUG